UCAUAAUACGUUUAAACGAUAUUUAAAAAGGAAGAUUUAUGAACGCAAAAUUUUCAGGGAUUCCUGGUCUUAUUUAUAUAUAUGUAUUUAGCACUGUAUGCAUAUAUACAUUUAUGUAUAUAAAUGUUUCUUUAGCAGACCAGAGAUAACGAAGGUGCCAGGCCAGCACGUACAAAACUGAGCGUGUAGAAAGCGCAGAGGAGCAGCACAGGGAUAAACGGGUGUUGCAGCAGUGAAAGUUCUUGGGUGUUUCUGGUUUUCUGUUAGAGGUGAGGACGGAUGGAACGGGAGAAGAGAAAGAAGCUAAAGGGAAACAAACGGAGCCAAAACCAGGAGAGGCAGAGAGUGGAACCAGAACAGUGCUCAGUUAGAAAUCGUGCAGUUUCUGUGGAGGAUGAGGCUGGGAUUUACAGACUCCCAUGGAAGGCUAAUAUCGAACAUUAUUCUUCAGGUUAAAAAAAAAAAAAGUGUAGCAGAGGAGAAUAAAGAAUUCAUUGAAAUGUGAGAAUGGCCAAUUCUUUAAGAGGUGAAGUGCUGAAUCUAUACAAAAAUCUGCUGUACCUUGGAAGGGAGUAUCCCAAAGGAGCAGACUACUUUAGAAGCCGUUUGAAAGCAGCUUUUCUAAAAAACAAAGAUGUGAAAGAUCCUGAAAAAAUUAAGGAACUGAUUGCACGAGGAGAAUUUGUUAUGAAAGAGUUGGAGGCUUUGUACUUUCUCAGAAAAUACAGAGCUCUGAAACAGCGCUACUACAGUGAUGACAAUCAGUAACUGGUGCCAAUGACUUUGCAUGUAACUAUAUAAAUCCAUAAAAAUAAACAAUAAAAGAGCUGUAACCACAAAAGAAAUGAAAUCUAAAUCCUUCCAACCCAUCUAAAAUACAGGUUAGGACUUUGCUUCCCUUUAAGUAGUCGCCUGAAGGAUUUGGGGGUUGUAUUGUAUGGGCAAUAGGUUUUUCUUACAUAUAUGAAACAAUUUUGCAGGAAGUAGUGGUAACAUGAUUCUGUUCCGUUUCACUUUGAUUCACAUGUUGAACAGAGCUCCUCUUACCCAAUAGCUGUGCACUGGAAUGCCAAUUCAAGGUGCUACACUUAGAGGAUUAAUCUGACUUCAAAAGUCUUCCCCCUUCAACAAUUCACUUCCACUGAAAAUGAGCAUGUUCUCAAAGAAAAGUAAAUUCUUAAAAAUUUUAACUACUUGGUGUGCCAGAUUCACAUCUGCAGGCUGGCACAGGUGCUGAAGCAAUCAAUUUGAACAGCAGUGGUUGAAGCACUUACACCCUGAAUCCCUGCUACUGCUGACGUCUGAUGCUGUGUAACUGCUGUAGCAGGAAUACAAAACUUGAUCCUUUUCCCCAGAAAGAAAAGUUUGAUCGUGGAUGCUUGCUCCAUGGCUACCAGUAGACCUUGGCUUGACUAGCCCAAACUUGUGCCAGAACUGAUAUUCUGUUGCAUAAUCAGGUUGGUUGGUGUUUCCACCCCCCUUCCCCCCCCCAAGAACUAAAUGACACGAGAUAAAACAUUGGUUUUCUUCUGAAAUAUAGCUAAGCAAUCACUGCGGUAGAACUGUUGGCAGUAGCAAGUCUUCAAACAAAAUCUAGAACAGAAUUAAAAAAUAAUGGCAAAUUCGACUGUAUGGUAUGUUGCAAUGAAAUCUAUGUGCUUCAGUUUUCUGCACCGCAGGGACAUAUAGAAAGUCCUUCCACAUCAACCAAACUCCUCUACAGUGUAUUGCAGUUAAACCUGUUCUAAAUUAAUACCUCUACGUACAAAGUUUAACCUGCCCUUCUCAACAACUGAUAAAAGAUUAUCCAGACAUGGUAACAAAGGGCCAAAGUGUAACUUUAUAGAACAGCAGCAGUUUCAUGCUUUUUUCCUCAUGGGACACACUCAGUAAUAAAGAAUGUCUUCCAUGUUUUCUGUAAGUCCAUGGAAGGCAUUUGAUAGAAGAAAAAUGUGUACCUGGGAAUGAAUAUCAGACAGCUAUUCAGAGUAUUUUAAACUUGUAGACCAAUUCAAAUCAUGUCUGCUGUUAAGUCUUAAGAAAGCAAGGUCUCUGGGGCAUGACUGAAGACUGUACAGCCUGAGCAGCACACACCAGUGAACAAGAAAUGCAAUCUACCUGAGGAAGGCUCUGCUCAUCGCAGAGCGCAGAACGUGACAGCAGCACAGACCAAAGCAGGCGGAUCGGUACUUUGUCAAAGCACAGCACCCAGUCUCAGGGGAAGGGAACCCCAAUGGGCAAGGACAACAGCUUUGUGACGGGGAGAAGUACCAAAAAUAAACAGAACAACUGCCAAAUGUGCAAUUACUCUGUUACAGAGAUGAGGCACAAAUUCCUGGGACAGAAAAAGGAAACUGGGACAGCAACUCACAAUAACUAUUUUUUAUUACAUUACAAUAAAUAGGAGCAGUACAGUUUGACAAAAAAAUGACAAAUUCCAGAUCACCUCACAGCACAUACUCCUAAAAACAUUAAAAAAUUUAAAACAAACAGUGGUCUUUUUUUUUUUUCUUUUUUUUUUUUUUUUUAACUUAAUGUCCGGUAUGACCAACAUUCCUAGGUCACACAACCAAAUGAUGGAAAAACUGGAUCACACUGCAUAUGUUC